AUGACAGCCGAAAUACCAAAGGGACCCGUUUUGGGCCAACGACAUCUGCAGGUGUUUUUGCUGUUCCUGUCCAUUACCGUAAAUUAUAUUGCCAAAUUCAAUGCUGGUGUAGCAGUGGUUGCCAUGACAAAUGCCGAAACAACAAACCCAGAUUUUCCGGAAUACGAUUGGAAUGAAAUGGAAAAAUCCUACAUUCUGUCCAGUUUCUUUUGGGGCUAUUUUGUGACACAAUUUCCCGGUGGCUAUUUUUGUCGACGUUUUGGGGCCAAGUUGACAAUGUUUAUAUCAACAUUGGGUUCAGCAUUGGCCGCCUUGCUAAUACCCCUCACCGUGGAUUGGGGUGGUUGGCAAGUUUAUUGUGGCAUUCGAGUCGUGCAAGGUCUAUUCCAAGGUUUACUAUUCCCCAGUAUACAUGCCCAUUUGGCUGCUUGGUGUCCGGUGAGCGAAAGGAAUCGUUUAGGCGCUUUAGCAAAUACCGGCAUUGAGUGCGGUACUGUACUCUCAAUGUUUUUGAGUGGUAUAAUUGCGGCAUCGAGUAUGGGUUGGCCGGGUAUUUCGUAUAUUUCAUGUGCAAUUGGUGUCAUAUGGUGUAUUUUGUGGAUUAUAUUAGCUGCCAACAGUCCAAGUGAAUCGAAAUUUAUAUCAGAAGCUGAAUGCAGUUAUAUUGAAAAUUCCAAAAACGCAUUGAAAGAUGUAAAUGCAGGGGAAACACCCAAGAAAAUACCCGUACCAUGGGCAGCAAUUAUGACCUCAAUGCCAUUCUGGGCUUUGUUGGUGGCCAGAUCUGCUCAAUCAUGGGGUUUCUCUACGCUGCAAGCUGAGAUUCCCUCAUAUAUGAAUGGUGUCCUGGGCAUGGAUAUGAAGAGUAAUGCAUUAUUUUCAGCUUUACCCUACUUCGCCAUGUGGUGUAUGUCUUAUAUUUAUUUGAUAACGUCGGAUGUUUUGCUGCAAAAGAAAAUCUUGAGUUUAAGUGCGAUUAGAAAGACAUUCAAUUCAUUGGCAUUUUGGGUACCCGCCAUUGGUCUAAUAGCUGUGGGUUUUGUUGGCGAAAGUCAACAGACAUUGGCUAUUGUCUUGAUGACAGCUAAUGUGGGCAUUAAUGCUGGUUCCACAAUUGGCAGUGCCCUGAAUACCAUUGAUUUGUCGCCCAAUCAUGCUGGCAUUCUAAUGGGUAUUGUGAAUACAUCGGCUAAUAUUAUACCAAUAUUGACGCCACUCUUGGUGGGUCUGAUUGUCAAAAAUGAGGAUGAUCGUACCGAAUGGCAAAUUGUCUUUGCAAUUUCUGCCAUUGUCUUUGGCUUGGGUAACCUAUUUUACAUUGUCUUUGGCUCAACCAAAUUACAGCCAUGGGACAAUGAAAAUUUCCUCUUAUCGAAAGAUAUACAAAACGAAGACUGUGUUGAUAAAAAAUCAGAUGAAAAGAAAGAGAAACUGGCAUUGACGAAAAUGGAUCGCUUCACUAUCUGUCAUCUCAUAAAAAUGAUCAAACCUUAA